AUGACUAUUCCUGUCAAUGGAGCUAGUGAAGGAGAUGCUGUUUUUCUUAAUCGCAUGAUUGAAUGGGAUAGUCAUAACCACAUGAUCCUCACAUGGAUUCGGAACACUUCCAUUCCCUCUAUUUCCAAUCUGAUGGGUAGCUUUGAUGAUGCAAAAUCUGCAUGGGAUAUGUUGGCCAAAAGGUACUCCACUACUCAUGGAUCCCUGAAAUAUCAGUUAGUGCUUCGCUUUAUUUGGGACCAAAUUGACCUUUCUGAUCCAACUUGGACAUGCUCAAAAGAUGCUCAGCAAUAUGCUUCCAUUAGAGAUGAAUUUCGCCUCUAUGAAUUCUUGAUGUCACUUCACAAGGACUUUGAGCCCAUUCGUGGUCAGCUACUCAAUCGCAGUCCUGCUCCCUCUCUUGAUACUGCUGUAAAUGAGUUGGUUAGAGAAGAAGCUCUUCUUGCAACCCUUCAAGCCCAGAAUAAGCUCAAUGUUUUGGCUAUUACUCCAUCUACUCCACUCAUAGAGCAACCCCAGCAAUCAGGUGAUUCUUAUGGCUCUAGCAAUCGUCGCAAGCAGACCAACAAAAAGUUCUGCAACUAUUGCAAGCGUCCUGGCCACACCAUUGAGACUUGUUACCAUCGUAAUAAAUCUACUGCUGCUGUUGCUAAUAUUGAGCCUACUCCGUCAAUGGCUUCCACCUCAGUUGAGUCCAAGUCUUCUGGAUCUACUAUCAACCUCUCCUCCACUGAACUACAGGAGAUCAUAGCUCAGGCUGUUCGUAUAGCUGGUAAUGCAUCUCUUUCCACUGCCUUAUCUAUUCUACCUGGAUCCGAGAACGGGGUAGGAGCUUGGGACCGGUCCUAG